AUGAAAGACUUCACCGAAAUCACACUUUGCCCUGAGGCUCUAGACCACAGCAAGGGCGAGGAGCUCCAGGCAGUGGCAGGGGGCGAGCACCCACCGGACAAGGAGAGGACCAGCGCUGCAUUGCCCCAGGAUGGCCUCGGUCGGCAGCUCUGGGGCCAGGCAGGCUGGCAGUACCGCACCGAUUGCAAGUUCACCUGGCUCUGCGUGGCUCUGAUGAGUGCCGUCCUCCUCUUCCUCAUUGCCCUCCUGCUAGGCAUCAUCAUCCACCAGCUGACGUCCCCGCAGCUGCCUGGCACCCCAGCCACAGCCCUGCCCGCCCGUGGCACUGCUGCCACCACCACAGCACCCAGUCCAAGAGACCCCUUAGCCCCCAACACAGCUGCCACCCCGACGCACUGGCCAUGCCCUCGUGCAGCCUGCGGCGGGAUGCUGCAUGGCUCCGAGGGCUCCUUCAGCUCUCCCAACUUCCCCGGCCCCUACCCGCCCAAUGCACUCUGCAUCUGGCACAUCAAAGUGGGCCCCGGCCUCGCCAUCCAGCUGAAGAUGGAGACAUUCAGCGUAGAGGGCACUGCUUCCUGCCUCUUCGACCGCGUGGAGCUCUAUGAAGAGCAGGGGGCCAGGGGCAGAUCUCCGGGGGUGAGCAAUGUCACCCCUUGUUGUGCCCCUAGGUUUUGCGGCAACGUGGCCCCCCCCACCUUCAACACCAACUCCAACCACCUGCGCGUCACCUUCAUCUCCGACAGCAGCGUGGGUGCCCCAGGCUUCAGCGCCCACUACCGAGCCGUGGCUCCCAGUGAGAAGAGCUGUGCCUGGGACGAGCACUUGUGCGACCAGGGGCUCUGCCUCCACUUGGGCUUCGUGUGCGAUGGCUUCCACGACUGCACGGACAAGAGCGAUGAGGCCAACUGCAGCCUGAAACACAAAGAGUGUGGGGGACCGCUGACCACCUUGGAGGGGCACUUCUCCACCCCGAGCCAUCCCCAGCCAUACCCACACCAGCAGCUGUGCCUCUGGCAGAUCUCAGUGCCCGUGGGCCACGUCAUCGACCUGCACUUCCACAACUUCAGCCUGGAGUCACAUGAGGAUUGCAGCUUCGACUUCGUGGAGGUGCACGACAGCGCAGGCACAGGGGCUGCCAGCCUCAUGGGCAGGGACAGGUUCUGUGGCCACCAGCUGCCACCCACGCUGACCUCCUCACGUCAUGUCAUGACUGUCCUCUUCGUGGCAGACGAGGGAGUAGCAGACGAUGGGUUCUUCGCCACCUACCAAGCCCAUAAUGCCACAGAGAAGACCUGCAGCCCUGCAGAGUUCUCCUGUGGAAAUGGCGAGUGCCAGGCGCCGGAGUCUGUGUGUGAUGGCUGGCAUGACUGCCCUGAUGGCACCGACGAGCUGAACUGCACUGGGGUCUCCUACCCAGCCUUUGGGUCUGUCUGUGAGCCGGUGGAAGUGGAGAUGUGCCUGGGGCUGGGCUACAAUGCCACCUCCUUCCCCAAUAUCUGGCUGGCCAUCCCGGACCAGGAGGGAGCCGCUGAGGUGCUGCAGGACUACCAGACACUGAUGGAGCUUGCCUGCUACCAGCACCUGCGCCUCCUCAUCUGCAGCCUCUUCGUGCCCAAGUGCACCCCAGAUGGGGGUGUACUGCAGCCCUGCCGAGCCGUGUGCCUGGCUGCCGAGCUGCGGUGCCAGCAGUCCCUUGGCCUCCUUGGCAUCCUCUGGCCCAUCAACUGCAACAUCCUGCCCGACUCUAAUGACCCCAUAGAGUGCUUCCAACCGUGA